GCCCGGCCCGCGCCGCCGCGUCACUUCCGCUCCGCGCCGUAGCAACGGCGGCGCCGCGCGGCAGGCCGGGAGGGAAGCGGCGGCGCCGCCAUGGCCGAAGUGGAGGAAACCCUCAAGAGGAUUCAGGCGCACAAGGGGGUCGUUGGCACCAUUGUGGUCAACGCCGAAGGAAUUCCAAUCAGAACAACUCUUGAUAACUCUACAACAGUCCAGUAUGCAGGUCUUCUUCAUCAGCUCACCAUGAAAGCUAGGAGCACGGUGAGAGAUAUUGAUCCUCAGAAUGAUCUAACCUUUCUUAGGAUCAGAUCAAAGAAACAUGAAAUCAUGGUAGCUCCAGAUAAGGAGUAUCUCCUGAUUGUUAUUCAGAACCCAUGUGAAUAGUCCUACAACAGCAAUAUUUUUAGAGACAGUGAUGUAGCUCUACUUCUUAAACUAAUAUUCUUUACUGAUAUUUAAUAUCAAACAUACCACUGAGUAACUUUCAUAAUGUGUAACUGUCAUGACUGAAAUGUUGCCAAAUUAAAAUUUUCAUUUGUAGCUGUUUCAAUUUCUGCUUGAACAAAACAUAAUGUGCAUAUUAAAAUAUUGUAUGUUUAUCUUGGUACUCAGAAGAGCAAUAAUAAAGCAAAAUGUUUAAAACUUCUUUUUAAUGGAUAUUCAAGCUAUUGUCAUUCUCUUUAAAUUUCUAACUUUAUGCUAGUGGAGAAAUCAUACCUCGUGGGAAGUCAUAGAUCAUAUAUGUGUAUAAAUGUGUCUUUAUGAAUUACAGUAAUCACAGUUACAUUAACUAAAAAAGAGAAAUGUAAACAAUAUAGUUCAUGUAAUAACAGACUGGAUUUUGUCCUGUCUUUAAUUUGUGUUUUGAGUUUUCUCAGAUCUUAAAGUGAAACUCUUCUGUUUUCUAAUUUCUACUGACCAGAACAAUAGCUUCAUGUAAUAUUUACAGUGAGAAGUUCAAGCAGACAAAGUAGAACCAACACUCUCAUGUAAAACUAUUAGUUUUUGGUAAUGGUAGAUUGUGCACUGAAUAAACUGAAACACUGACAACUAUUUAAGCCUUCAGAUCAAU